AUGUCCGGCUCAAAACCAGAAUUCCUCCGAUUCACAGGCCACCGCGCCUUCACCCAGAGGCUCGUCCUCUCCACGCUUACCGGCCGACCCAUCCACAUCUCCAAGAUCCGCUCCGCCUCGCCAACCAACCCAGGCCUCGCCCCGCAUGAGGUCUCCUUCCUGCGCCUGCUCGAGGCUGUCACCAACGGCAGCGUCAUCGACGUCUCGUACAGCGGCACCACCAUAACCUACCAGCCCGGCCUCAUCACGGGCACCACCCCGGGGGCGGGCUCAGCCCUCGCCAGCGACGCCAUCGAGCACGUCCUCCCAGCCACCUGCACGCGCAGCGUGACCUACUUCCUCCUCCCGCUCGCCCUGCUGGCGCCCUUCUCCAAAGCGCACAUGAACGUGCGCUUCUCCGGCCCGGGCGUCAUCACCUCGGGCACCUUCUCCACGGGCGACCUCUCCAUCGACACCUUCCGCACCGCCGUCCUCCCGCUGUACGGGCUCUUCGGCAUCCCGCCCGCGCGCAUCGAGCUGCGCGUGCUGUCGCGCUCCUGCCCCGGCCCCGGUGGCCGCGGAGGUGGUGGUCUCGUCGAGUUGCGCUUUGCGAGCCAGGUGCGCCUGCCCAAGACCCUGCACCUCAACCGCCGGCCGGGACGUAUCCGUCGCAUUCGCGGGGUGGCUUAUUGUACGGGCGUGUCGGCUAGUCAUAACAAUCGUAUGAUCACCGCUGCGAGGGGUGUGUUGAACCAGCUAGUCUCGGAUGUGCAUGUUGCGGCCCAGUACGACCCAGCGCCCCUGGUUGGCGAAAAGGGCAGCGCCCAGAAGAGGAAGCUGGGUAUCGGGUUUGGGUUGAGUCUGGUGGCGGAGUCGAGCGCCGAUGGGGUGAUUUAUGCGGCCGACGAGGUUGCGCCGCCCCAGGGCGGGGUGGUGCCCGAGGAUAUUGGCACAAGGUGCGCGUACCAGCUGCUUGAGGUUAUUGCGCAGGGAGGGUGUGUGACGGGCGCCGCGGCGCCGACGGUGCUUACGUUGAUGGCGAUGGGGGCUGAGGAUGUUGGGAGGUUGAGGCUGGGGAGGGAGGUGAUGGCAAGGGAGGAGAUAAUAGGGCUGGCGAGGGAUUUGAAGGAGUUUGGGGCGAGCAGUUGGGGGAUACGGGAUGCUGGCGACGAUGAUGGGGCGGGAGAUUUGAUAAUAUCUGUUAAGGGGACAGGCGUUGGUAAUGUCGGGAGGAAAGUAGCAUAG